AUUGGAUACAAUUUGGCCACGCGUUUGAAGGAGCCUUGAAACAAGCAAAGUAAGGAAAAAUAUUCAGGCAACAUCAUGCAAGCAAGGCGACGCAGAGCGCUUCCAUCCAUCGCAGAGGCAAUAAGUGCUAGCAGAUGCCUACUCGUUCCGACAGUUCCAGGACCAGGCCUCUCUUAUUCUCUGUGAAUGUUGUUCCCCCCGCCACCGUUCAGAUAACAGGCCAUCCAAGGAGGUAGGCCCCUCCUCCCAAAAUGAAUAUGAUCCCGUCUUUGCUACCCGUAGAAGUUACAGACGCCAGACGUAGAUCUUCUUCUUCUUCGUUGCGUGAAAAUAAGAUAGACAAGAGCUAUGCUGUCACCAAGAAACGCAAUCUAUUGCGCACUGCCCUACCAGACGAAGUCUUGCCGUAUUCCUCAAAGGUAGGAGGUCAACUAGAAGAACAAUUAUUCAGUCCUGCUCGCCCUGAUGCGACGUUUUUGAAGAAUGAGAAAAAUUUUAGAAAGCCAACCGUAGGUAGCUCCUUUGAUGGCUUGUUGGAACCUAAAAAGAGUAACGAUGUUGACGAGAAAGUUGUAAAGCUGGACACAAAUAAACGUCGUGGUGUUGAGAACAACAAGCACGAUGCUGAAGAUUAUGUCGAGUUGCAGCUAUUGCCAAAAAGAAGUACUGGUAGAAGCACAGCAGUAGAAUUUGACGCAGCCUGUGCUUCUGCAGAUGAAAAUCAAUUUCAAUUUCGUCCAAACCAACCUAAUUGUAGAACCUUUGGAGAAGUACAACUAGCAGUAGGACGAGUUGUAGAUUAUGCAAAGAACGACCCUAAAAAUCAAGGACGUAGAACAGCAACUGGCCGCUGCACGAGUAGAGCCGAAAACUCCUACUUGAAAUUUACCACCGCCUCGGUUCCCUUCGGGAGCACCCCUGGACUUGUCGUGGACGACAGUCUAAAGCGGUUGAAAAAUGAGCAGAAACUGAGUAAAGACCUCAACACGCGCCUUGUUCAGGAGAAGGAAGCACGGGAAUAUGACAGUGCACAAAGACCCCCCGCCCUCGUCCUCACUUGCAUGUUGGCAAGAACAGCAACACAAGCAACGGCAGCUAUGUGGCUUCCGCAUGACAAACACGCGCACGGAUCAUUGUAGUACUAUUUGGAAAUAUCAUUCCGAAAUUUGGCGUGCAGGCACUGCCUCAGGGCAGGAUGUGGGCUUGGUGUUUUGCAUUAAAAAUGAGGGAGAGGGUGGAGCUGUGCACUCUCAUACGGAAAACAAGAUGAACAGAACGAGGGGCAGAACGACGAAACACGUCGUCAAUCCAGCAAGCAAGAAGGGGCUCGGUACUUUUUUGGAUGUAGAGCUGUUUGUCAUGCGCAGUUUACUUACAGAAUGGAAGUUUGUCAUGCAUUAAUGCCACGACGAACAAGAGAUUUCUGAAAUUAUCAGAUGACGAGCAGCUAGAGGAGCUUCGGGAAGCUUUUAACCUCUUCGACGCCGACCGAUCUGGGGUCAUUGACGCGAGGGAAUUGAAGGCAGCAAUACGAGCGCUUGGUAUAUAAUCGCAGAGGUGCAUUGUAGUGUUUUUCUUUUUGUUUAUGUUUUACUCCGAAAGCGGGGGUUCCAGGGUCCGGGUUGCCGAACCCGUGCAGAACUUGCGGAGAACUCGGCUGCGCGUGUUUCUUGUCUAGAAUAUUAGAGCCUGCCGGCGGUCUUUGAAAUAUGAUGACGAUCCCGAUGAUGCAGCACUCCGCGAAAGUGAGGCGGGCAUUCGCGUUGAGACUUCCCGUUACGCCUGAGACUCCUAGGCGGCGCGCCAUUUUGCGGCGGGGGGCAUCUGUGUUUCCGCUCCGCGCGCCCUUCCUCAUCGGUAGUUUCCCGCGCCAAGUCUUGAAGGCAGGCUGCCGGGGCCGUCCGCUUGCGCCUUUGGUUUCCUCGGCAUUUUGUUGGCCACAUGCGCGCGAUCUGCGCACUUUUGCAAAGAAGUUGCUGCAGUACCAUCGUGUAACGUACGUUACACGAUGGCGCUCUGCUUGUUUGCCUUAUCGCUUGCCGGCCAGCCUAACCAGGGUAGAGAGCCCUGCUUUUAGCCUGUCCAUGGCAGCAUCGUGAGUAAAGUUAGCCACGGCGGAAGUGCGUUGCUUUGGUUGUUUUCGCAGCUUCGGGCGCAGUGUGCUACGCCUGGGAGUGAAGGCCGGACGGUGUGGCUAACGACUCCACAGGCGUGCCAGAGGCCCACCAGAGUAGGGUAGCUUCCAGCUGCGCGGCUCGGUUUGGACGGUUGUAGAUGGGGCGCCGCGGUUGCAGCCUGGGGCCCUGUUACCCAAGAAAACCGGCCACGGCUCUCAUGCGCCAGAAUUUGAGCCAGAACUUGAUCCAGAACUUGCUCCAGAACUUGUUCCAGAACUUGUCUCAGAACUUGUCUCAGAACUUGUCGCAGAACUUGUUCCAGAACUUGCCUCAGAACUUGCCAGGAGCUUGAUUUUGUGCCCUUUUUUGGCCCACCUUUUUGUCCCGUACCACGACGGCACGGCCGUUUUUUCCCCUUCUUUUUUCCGGCCCCCGAAAACCGUCUCGGCAAGUUCCUGAACAAGUUCUGAGACAAGUUCUGGGACACACGAGCUCGGCGACAAGUUCUGGACCAAGUUCUGCGCCAAGUUCUGAGGCUCGCAAGUUCCGGGAAGAGUUGGGGCUCUGGAGCAAGUCCCGCAGCAAGUUCCCGAACAAGCCCCGGGGCAAUUCGCGCCGUAACACGUUCCCGCGCUAGCGCCCCCCCCCAGCAAGCCCUUUGGGAAGUAUAUUCGGAGCAAGCGAGCCCCACCACGGGGCCCGCGGGCGAGCGUGGUUCGGGCCCUGUUGCUGGGAGGAGUGCUAUGUCGGAUCGAGCGCGCCGGCUUUUGCCGCUGCAUGCCAGCGGCGUGCUCUUGGGGGCGGCGCGCUGCGGGGGCGCGGCCAGGCAGACAGCCCCGCAGCGAGCCUUGUCGGCCGGCCACAUCUUCGGCGCCCCGGGGUUUUUUUGAAUGGAUUGUGGGUACAGGGAUGCGGUGUUCCGCGCUUUGGCAGUGGAGCCGGUCUGGGUGUUCGGCGCAGUCUUUUCCCCCCUCGGCAGGCGAGCGGCGUAGGUGGGCCGGGCCCUGGCGCCGAGUGGCCCCCCGGAGUGUUUUCUUUGUUGUCAUUGCCUCGCGGGCCGCUGAAGCGCGUUGCUUUAUUCCCCGUUUGCCCAGCAAGCGAAGCCGCGUGCCACCGUGUAACGCGCGUUACACGCUGGCGCUGGCCUUUCGCCUGAGAAGGCUGGCUAAGCAGGCAGGACGCUCGAAACUCGCUCACUGGCCGCGCGGGGCCCUACUGCUUUGACCCUCCCGGAAACGGGCCGAACAAGUUCCGCGCAAGAUCUGCGCGAAUUCGGGGCACCAUACAUCUAGACCCAUGCUUUAUUAUGUUUUCGCAAAAUUUGUGAUGCAUGCUUCUCUAGAGCCUACGAUACUUAUUGCGGAGUUAUUUGUGAUGCGAUAUCAAGAUGACUAUCCUGCUCUGUAUUGCAAAAGAACAUUUACAACAAACCCCUCAGGUUUCGUCGUGAAGAAAGAGCAAGUCCGGCAGAUGCUCCGAGACGUUGGCCGCGACGUUAGUACGCAUUGCAAAUAUGUCUGGGGGUGGAAGAUUGCGGCUUGUGAUGCUGGCUUUGGAUUUAAAACAAAGCCUGUAUUGCAUGACCAGCAACAGGGAUCCAGUUUGUGUUUGUGCUACCCGGACGAGAAGGUAUUUCUCAUGCGGGAUAAGCAUCAAGAGGCCCACCUCGCCUCGUAAAAAUAUUUGAUGCUAGAGCAUGCAUCAGAGACAUCAAGGGUCAUCAUGCAAAAUGUGCAUGACAAGCGUUUCACAUUUCGUCCACACCCAGGCAUAUUUGCAUUUGAUAGUUGGUUCCCAGAUAACAUUCGAGGACUUCGCGAAGAUCAUGGCGGGGAAGAUGGGCGACAGGAAUAGUCGAGAGGAAAUUAACAAAAUUUUCAAGCUCUUCGACGAGGACGCCAGCGGCAAAAUCUCGUUCCGAAAUCUAAAACGAAUCUAUCAGAGUGCAGAACUCCCCCUGCCCCUCAUUUGUAUUGCAUGAAAAGCAUUACAAGCCCCAGCACAGGUGGACCCUGUGCAUGACAAGUUCAGGAGCCGAGUGUAGUACUGUUUGGAUUGUUUUCGGAAUUUGUCAUGCACGCGGUGCCACAAGGUAGCAACAGGAUUUGGGUUUUUGCAUGACAAAUGAGGGGGAGAAGUAGUUGUGCACUGUCAUAGAAUCGCGCAGGAGAUAGGCGAGAGUUUGAACGACGAUGAGUUACAGGAGAUGAUUAUCAAGCAAAAAAGUGUUAACGUUGAUGGUUUUCACAAAUGGCAGCUACGCAUUACAAAUUUUGCCUUCAUUGCAUGCUACGCAAUACAAAUUUGGACACCCUUUCUGAUGCGUUACUGCAUCACAAAUUCCGUUAACGUUAACGCUUUUUCUUGUGAUACUGAUAGACGAGGCCGACCGGGACGGGGACGGGCUGAUCAAUCCGGACGAGUUUUACCGUAUUUUUAUAUUUGGAGUGAUGUGAAUCUGUGAUGCGAGACUGGGUUGCUUGGUUUGAUUUGUGAUGCGAAAAUGGAAAUGAAAGCAAAAACACGACCACAGGUGUAAUGCGCAAGCGUGGUGA